CUGAAUUUCUACAAUUACCGGAUAAAAUAGAUUAUUAUUAUAUAGAGCAAAUAGACUUUUUAUGUGCCCUAUCCCAUUCAGCUAUGAUACCACCGAUUAAUAUAAUGGAAAAUAGACCCGAUAUUUACAAGAAAUGGUCCAUAA